AUGGAUGGGUACCCGACGGGAACUCUGGACCAUAAUGUCCCCUUCCUGGUGGCCGCCGGCCUCAACAGCGAGACGUACGAGCUCCCUCUGAGCGCAGAGCUUAAGGACCAGAGCAUCCUCCUCCGGUCAGAGCUUCCGCCGAUCGAGGGCGACGACGCUGAGGUCCUGGCCCAGUAUAUGAAGGACGUUGACGCGAGCGCAAAGUCAUGGAGCGCGUUUGAGAGGGAAGAACCGUAUAGGUUCCGCAUCAGGACUACGGGAAGGUCAUUUCUGCUUCCGCCGCGUCGAGCUCGACUCCCCGAUGGCAUCGAACCACUCGUGGCGCCCGCGACACUGCACUCGCCCUUUUCGCCGCUCAGCCCCGUGUCGGCGCUGUAUCCGGACGGGCUCAUCGACGCGCAAUGGAUCAAGAAGCACCAGGAGCUGGUUCCCAGUAUCUAUCUCUGUUUCUACCCCCUCACUAGUGAUCCUACGUCCACGACGCUGCAAGACAAUCACAUCAAGUCCGAUAUCAAUAACCUCAAGAGCGCGCUGGCAAGGUCGGGAUUCAAGACGCGACUGGCGAUCGUUCUCCUCGCUGAGAGCGGGGGCAGUCCACUUUCGCUGUCAGAGGGGAUCCAGGAGAGGUUGGAGAACAUUCGCAGAGGGACGGCGCUAGAUCCAAAGUCGGUUUUUUACAUCCCUUCGCAGGAGUCGCAGGACGAUCUUAAGCAGGUGGUGGAUAACAUCCUGGGAGUCCUGUACACCUCAGCCGUCGAAUAUUACCGAGACCUAGGGAGACAUGCGAGGAAGAAGCGCUCCCGUGGAGUAGCGCCCCAACCGACUGUCCCGCCGACAUCUGGAACAUCGCAAACGCUCUCGCUGCCGGACUGGAACUUUAGGUACGACUUCAAGUCUGCCGUAUUUGCAGAGUUUCGACAAGAAACGGAUGCGGCGCUGCGAUCCUUUGAACAAGCGUACGAGGUGCUUCUAGGUCAGGAUGUGUUGGACAUUAUCCCCAGCUGGAGCCCCAGAUGGAACGAGGCGCGUCUACUGGCCGAUAUCAUAGCUAUCCGAUGUCUGCGCUGUCAUCUGUGGCUUGGACAAACCUCGUUAGCAGUCCGACGAUGGCAAUCACACCGGGACCGGAUCAAUGAUUUUGUCGAUCGACGAGGGAGGGGUACCAACAACUAUGGAUGGCAAGCAUGGGAAGCCCGUUGGGCUAUGGUGAUGGCCAACUUGAUUGACAAGGUCGGUGUGCCUAGCCUGGCGCCAGCGACCAUGAGCCUCUUCGCCCAGCCAGACAAGUCAGUAUUGGGCGAGCGCAUACCGCCGUGGGAGUCGUUGCACCAUACCGGAUACUGGUAUCGCAUAGCGGCCCGUCACCUUGUGGCCCGUCGGAAACUGGCACUCCAAAUACCAGAGGAGGACAGGAACCCGCCCGACUCUUCUCCUGCUUCGCUGGUGGCUAGUAAAGCAUACACGUAUGACACGUACAUGUGUCCCGAGCCUUACCAAGAAUAUCCCUUGUCAGGAGAGGGCGUUAAUCAUUCGCAGCUAGUGAUUGAUUGCCUGAAGGCAGCUGGCGCUCAGUUCCACGCUCGUAAACAAGAACGGAUGGCUGCAGAGGUGUCACUGGAUUGCGCGAGAGAGAUGGCCAACCUGGAGCAGUGGGAGGACGCAAUAGAAGUAUUGAAACCAUUCUGGGAAAAUGAUGCUUUUAGGUCCGAGGGAUGGGUUGAUAUCUCUGAAGAGCUGUCUUGGCUUGUGAGGAGAGUUGCUGUGGGAGCUGGGCAAGCAGACCUGGUGGUUGCUGCUGAUUGGGAACUCAUGAACAAUAAAUUUGUACGACGGCCACAAUGGCAUUAUGACAUUACAAAGUCUCUAGAGGGUGUGUCUAUUGAGACCAAUCCCUCGAUAAGUUUAUCCGACGACAAGUCAGGCUCAUUUGUUUCGGCGUCGUUUGUCUUCCGGAACAAAGAGAGCAAGGCUGGCGAGACCUGCACUGCGCAGCUUGCCCUCACUUCACAUACCUUCCUCGAUGCUGCCCCUAUCACGCUGGACUCUCUCAAGAUCGAGUUUAGCGGGAACCUAAAGCCACUUCUUUUAGAACAUGAAGAACCUGAAAGCGACGAGGACUCAUCCAAGUCAGGAGUUUUUAUAUCAUCAAUAUCGCUACAAGAAGACUUUGCCGGCGAAUCAGAAGAUGACCUGCCAUCCUUACUCAGGGGCCAGUCCAACUUGGUCCUCCAACCUGGACAGACCCGGGUCUUUGAGAUGAAGAUACCCCUGAGGGAGCCAGGAACAGCGACAGCUUCUUCUGUUACACUAUCACACAGCAACGACGCCUUCGAUCUCGACUACAAGCUGAAAUUCCGAGAGACAGAUCCUGUUGUCGGUUGGUACAUCCAGGGCUCCUCCAAGCCUCGGAACAGUCGCCCGGAAGCAGGCACAAUCCAAAUUCAACCCCGACCGCCGAAGAUGGAGAUCAAGCUUGUCAAGCCUUUGGCGCAGUACUAUGCGAACGAGGCCAUUGACCUGCACAUUGAACUCUUGAACGCAGAAGAGGAGUCGGCCAGCGUCAAACUGGACAUUCACGUGUUUGGCAAGGAGGUCCCUGCAAUUCGGAUAGAGGCAGACGGGCAUGAAGGCAGCUCAGAAGCACAAGAGGAGGAGUCCAAGAUCUCGGGUCUGGUAUUAGGGACCAUGGAAAAGGCAUCAUCGUCGCAGCUGGUGCUUCACAUGGAUCCUCCGACAGGGCCGACGACGUUUGACUUGCACCUGAGGGCUUCGUAUCACCUCGACUCUGACGCCGUGACACCGAUCAUGCAGAUGUUGGCGGUACAGGUCAACGUUGUCAAUGCAUUCGAGGCCAACUACGAUUUAGUGCCAAGGCUUCACCCUGAGCCAUGGCCAAGCCUGUUUGAUUCAGAGGGACUUGGAGAUACGGAAGAGGGUGUCGCUCGAGGCUUUGCGCAGAAGUGGUGUCUACUUUGCCACUACGCUUCGUUCGCCCAAGAGGACCUCAAGGUACUCGGCAUGGAUAUGAAGGUGACUUCGUGUGUUGGCGGUGCACGAUGCAACGUGGUCAAGGGGCCAAGUGUGUCGCCAGAGGGUGUAGUUGUCGCACCCAAGACGAUGCAUGAAGCACAGUUUGAUCUUGUGGCGCAGAAGCUCACGAUGGAGGAUCGACACCCCGUCACACUGGAUCUUGCGUUUGUCAUCCGAUGGCAACGGCAGAGCCGCGACGAUGAAGUAGUCAACACAACGACGAUGCCUGUCGGAAAGUAUCUGGUGCUAGGAACCGAGCCGCGGGUGCUGGCAUCUGCAUACCACAACCACGAAUCAGAAGACGGUGUGCCAGGACUGAUGCAGUUGGACAUGACGAUUGAGAACCCGUCCAAUCACUUCCUCACGUUUGGACUAAGCAUGGAGCCGAGCGACGAAUUUGCCUUUUCAGGGGCUAAGCAAACGACGCUCAACUUGCUGCCACAGUCAAGAAGGACGACAACAUACCGGCUGCUACCACAAGUGAGCGGGGACUACAUCCGGCCACGGCUGACUGUGCGGGACAAGUACUUUCAAAAGGUGCUCCGCAUAAUACCGACAGAGGGGAUGAAGAUUGACAAGGAUGGUCUACUAGUGUGGAUUCCGGGAGAAGCAUCAGAGGAUGAGGAGGAAGACGAGGAAGAAGAGGCCCAAUGA